GAUGACGAACGAACAUUGAGUUUCUCAAAAACCCAUUAUAAACUUGUAACAAUUUCUACAUAGCUGUCUAUAACCGUACAUUUGAACACUCACAUAAGACUUCUAUUUUUUCACCAUUCAAUUGUAAAAGUAUGCUGGUAGAGGCUUGACCCUUUCUUUGAUCUGCCAGAUUGCAAGCCAUUGGCUUUCGCAUUCCGUAAUUUUGCCUGGCAUCCACCUCCACUCACAUCAAUAAGAAUUUCAAAAAAUGGUAAAACUCACAGAAAGGAUUGCUAUCAAAGCAAUUACUCCUAGUCCGCUCUGGAGCUUCAAUAGAGGGGUUGGAAUCUCGGCCAGCUUUGCUAUACCCCUGCGACGAUACCAAUCUUCGUUAUCAAUGGCGUCCUUUCCCCUCAAACGCUCCCUUCCCAGGCCGCCGUCGCGUAACUACCAAAUACCUAUACGACUCUUCUCGACAACUCGACGUAUCGAAUCGUCCCCCAAGUUUACAUACGGUAUAUCAGCAUCGUACUGCGCCAAAGAGAACCGCUACGACCCUACCAAGAACCUCACACCCUUCAAUUCUCAUAAUCCUAUUCCCGUACCUCUCAAGCCUGCCAGCCGCCGGCCAGCCUCGGGCCAAGAUGCAUUUUUCGUGGCGCCCAUAUCUAAUACCUCAGAUAUUGCUCUCGGAAUCGCAGAUGGGGUAGGGGGGUGGAUUGAUUCGGGUGUCGAUCCUAGUGAUUUCUCACACGGUCUAUGCGAGUACAUGGCGCAUACGGCAUCGGUGUCCAAUACAAUAGAUGAAGUUCCUAUUUCUGCGAGAAGGCUGUUGCAAAAGGGUUACGAUUUAAUUUGUGCUUCAGGCAAAGUGCGUGCGGGGGGAAGUACGGCCGUUGUAGGACUUUUUAACUCUGGGGGGAAUAUGGAAGUUGCAAAUUUGGGAGACAGUGGAUAUAUACAAUUGAGAUCGGGAGCUGUGCAUUCGGCGUCUGGAUUUCAGACGCAUGCUUUUAAUACACCGUAUCAAUUAAGCUUGGUGCCGGAAGCGGUGAUAAGACAGGCGGCGAAAUUUGGGGGACAACAAUUGAUGGAUUUGCCAAGAGAUGCAGAAGUUAUGAGUAAGGAGUUGAAGCAUGGGGAUGUGGUUGUUUUUGCUAGUGAUGGGGUUUGGGAUAAUCUGAGUGGAGGGGACGUACUGAGAAUAGUGAGCAACAGAAUGCAAUAUAACGGAGUUUGGGUCAAUGGGGCAGGAGGGAAGGGGACCGGGGUGGGAGAAAAGCUUGGAGAGACAAUAGAAGAGAGCGACAAUGCAUCGGCAAGUCUGAGUCUACAGAGUUCUUUAGCUGUAGAUAUUACCGGGGAAGCUAAGGCGGCAAGUCUUAGUUUGAGGAGGGAUGGUCCAUUUGCAAGGGAGGUCCAGAGGAGAUAUCCGGAUGAGAAAUGGAGCGGUGGGAAGUCAGAUGAUAUUUGUGUAGUUGUAGUGGUGGUCGCAGAGGAAGGGAAAUGAGCGCAAGAUUAAGAUGACAAGAGAUGGAAACAGGAGUUUCAGAAACAACUGUUUGUAUGAUAUGGUGGCGGUACAAUACGAGGGCAAUUAGAAGGAUGGGGAGAGACUGACAUUGUGUUGUAUAUAUACCUCUUGCAUGGACACAGGCGGGCGGCCGACAUCCUUAAACGGUCAUUUAGAUUGUAGAAUGCUACACAGCGUGUAAUGAUUUACAGUAAUGGUCUACAUACAAUUGCCUUACUACCGCUUCCAACCUGAACUGUUUAAUAAGUUUGGGAGAUGGCUA